AUGGCGACCGCUCUCUUCGAGAUGGAGCAGCGCUGGAGCUUCAUACUGCCGUGGUGUAAGGUGCUGCACAAGAAGAUCAAGCUCAAGCCGUUGGAGCGCGACUGGGAUGUGUGGGCAAAAGUACCGGCUGGAGAUUCCGACGGGGAGGAAUUCGAGCUGGACAUGGAGUGGUCGGGCGAGGACUACUUCCAGGAUAAAUUCUGCCAGGUCCGCGAGGCUCUGGCACUCUUGGCAGCAGUGGCUCACGUGGACCAACUGGCCUGGAAGUACCUGCUGAAGGAGCACUGCGGCGUGCGCUUGGGGAAGGAGGGGAGUGCGAAACUACAUGUAGAACGGGAUCUUCCAGCUGAGUAUUAUCUGGUAUUGGAUCACGAGCAAGACGAACGCACGGCAUACGAAGAAGACCAUCUUGGUCUGAAUCUGGUCCAAUUCUGUGGCACCGACCACCACGAGAUGCCUGUAGAUGGGUAUCUCGAGACGCUCGCACAAAUCGCAGCUUUUGAUACCAAGCUAAAGUCUUACAACCCUGGCGUGGAGAUUCGAAUCCCGGUGCAAUGUGUUUAUGACGGAGGACCGCACUAUCUCAAAAACAUUUUGAGAGCAGAGAAGACGAUUCAUGACAUGUGGAAGAGUGUGGAACCGCGAGAGGUGCGGUCGGAACAGCUCAGAUGCAUGUUCGUGCUCAAGCCUUUGGUUGCUGACUUGGAAGACGUGAUGACUUGGCCGGCGAUGGUGACGAAAAUGGGCAAAAUGAUGACGCGAAACCUCUGUUUCUCCGAAGUGUCUCUCUGUGCUGAAAGGCAUUUACGAGACUUUGGGAGUGAACUUGAGUCGCGGAAGGUGUUUGGUCAACUCAUGGCGCAUCUCUUUGGCAGCACUCGACGUUCUCGAGAAGUCACGUACCCUGAUCGGUUCGGGUGCGAUUCCGAUCAACACCAACUGGAUUUGUUGUCUCUGGAUUGCGAUCCAACGCUGCUCCCUGUGGACUUACACGCAAUGGGGUCGGCGAUGGUAGUCAACCAGACAACGAGCAAUUUAGUGAUGCAGCUGAUGUUCCCGCUCGAGCCGUAUGAUGAGAUGACAUUUGAUCACGAAAUAACUACUCACGAAUGGCGGCAAUGGAUUGCUUACGCCUUCUUCUCCAAGAGGGCUCGUGAAUGCUCCUCACUCGAGUCUCCUACACUGGUUAACAUUCGGACGAUGUGCUUUGAAGGCAUGCAAGAGGCGUUCGCGGCCAUAUUGAACUCAGAACACCCAGAAGAAGAGCUGUUUGAAUGUCCUCGCGGCAGGGUGGACGAACGGGAUGCAACGCUGAAGGCGAAUGCUCCAAUCCGAUGGGAGUUAAUGGUCGUCGUGAACCUGUCGAGGGCUCCACAGUUUUCACAUUUCCUACAGCAAUUCAAUUCGUCCGCGCUUUCAGUGACGAUGGCAGCAUUGAUGAGCAAUUUGAUCUCCGUGAAGUUCACACCCAAAAACCAAAUAUCCCCACCAACAAAGUAUCCGUUGGCACCAUGUGGCGGAUCUUUGCCACGACUUAAGCCAAGCAGACAACCCUUUUGUGAAAUGUGUUCGUCGUCUCCGUGUGUGGUUGAACAAGGCGUGGUGGCGAUGGAGUCGCCGCCGGGGAGACUACAACCCACCUGCUUUCGCAGCAGAUGUAAACGCUCUUGUGCCCAUAACACCACAAUCGAGUACUUUGAGGUGAUUGUUGGUAGGAGACACCAACAGUACCUCGACAGCUUUAAAAAGCUGCACCCCAAGCCCAUCGAUCGUUCGCUCAUAUUGCCGACAGAAAACAAGCUAGCAUUUCUUAGUGUGCUAGCGCCGAGUGCUUGCCAGCCAGGGGCGAACAAGAAGACCAACAAGGCACCAUCCGCUAGACUCUAUGGUGUGGACCGGCAUGUUCUGUCCCAGAUUUUCGCGUUUGCUGAACCUCCAGCGUUACGAGAGGUGUAUUUUCGCUGGGAUGUCGACGACUAUGUCGAUGAAGAUGCUGGAAUUGCCACUUUUAAUUGA